GACAGCCUCUGUCUGUAGCUCCUGCCUUCUUUGCUUGCUCUUGCUCGGUGCCUGUGGAAUGGUCUGUGCUGCUGGCCCAUUCUAGGCGAUACCAUGAGGUCCACCCUUUCCACGGGAGCAUUGGCGCUCCUACCCCUGUUCCAGCUUCUGUUACAUAUACGGCCACUUGCUGCAAACCUGGAGUCUGGAGCAUCGUUCUUUGGGGAUGGCUACGUGGAGGUACCCUUGGUGAGCACUAUUAGCACGAUCCAGCUUCACGUGCAGUUCUACACCAGCCAACGCAGCGGUCUUCUCUUCCUGGCUGCAGGACGGAUGGACUAUCUCCUGCUGGAGCUCCGGGCUGGUGUCCUACAGGCCAGAAUGGACCUGGGCUCAGAGGAACUGACGGUCAAGUCCCCGGCAGGACCACAUCUCAAUAACCUGGUGAUCCAUGAUGCUGAUCUCCUGGUGGCAGAUGGACGGAUGACCUUGAUUGUGGAUGGCUUCUUCAAUGCCUCUGUGGAGAUUCCAGGCCCUCAGAAGCAGCUGGACAUUGAUUACGGCCUCUACGUGGGAGGGACAGGAAGCCUGGAGCUACCCUAUCUCACUGGAGCGAGUUUGCCGUUCAGAGGCUGCCUCCAUGCAGUGACCUUCAAUGACCGCGAUGUCUUCUCAGCUCUGGCAUCUGGAACCAGCACCAAGAGAUCCCAUGGUGUCCAAGCGGGGUGCAGCGUGGAGUUCUCCGCUGGGCCAGAUGACCCCUUUGGUUUUCUUGGGCCCAACUCUUAUAUCACAUUCCCUGGCUGGAGUGCGAGGAACGAAGGCACCAUUGAGUUUGUGAUUUCCACCAGUGUCAAGCAGGCUCCUCUGAUUUACCAGUCAGGGCUUGACAAUGACUUCUUCUAUUUGGAAAUCUCUGACGGGCGCUUAAGAGGGGUUGUGGAGAAAGGGAAUGGGCUUGUGGUGCUCCACAACAACAUUUACCUCAGUAACGAGCGGGACCACUACGUCAAAGUCCACAUGGAUGUCCGCAAGUUUGAAAUCCUUGUGGACUACUACGCCUCCCAGACUUCCAACAAGGGCAUGCACAGCUAUCUUGAUCUCCAGGGACCUCUCUUCAUCGGAGGUCUGAACGAGAAAGCUGCCCACAGAAUGAGAGAACGUGGGCUGGCUUUUAUGUCGGCGGACAGUUUAUCCAACAGCUCCUUUGUGGGCUGCAUAGAGGACCUGAGGGUCAAUCAGGAGAAGAGGAGUCUGCAAAAUGCUCUUGUCACCAGGGGAAUAACAGCUGGCUGCGGAAAACUGGAGCAGUAUGGAGACUAUGAGGAUGCCUAUGAGCAGGAUGAGGCCCCCACAAGCCCUCCUCCAGACAACUGGCAGGAACCGCUUAUGGAACCCUGUCGACCUGAUCCCAGCCUUCCUCUGGUCUUUGCUAACUUCACCAAACUCCUGCACGUCAGCCCUUUGGUUGUUGCCGAAGGAGGCACGGCUUUUCUGGAGUGGCGUCAUACUCAACCAACCAUUGACCUGGGCAGUGCUAACAUCAGACAAUCCCAGGUCCUCUUCAGUGUUACCACGGACCCAAGGCAUGGCCAGCUGGAGUUAGAUAUCGCCCGUGUCAGGAGUAGAAGGAAGUUCACUCUGCUGGACAUUGUGAAUCGCAAAGUCAAGUAUGUUCACGAUGGCUCUGAGGGACCCAUGGAUCAGUUACUGCUGGAGGUAACGGUCACUGCCCGGAAAGGGAUCCCGGAGUGUCUAUGGCAAGGGCAGAUCUAUUUGCUUCCUAUAAAGAUUAACCCAAUCAAUGAUGCCCCAGAAGUAGUCUUUCCACAUGGAGAUCGCAUGGUCAUUCUAGAGCAUACACGUAAACAUCUUAACACAGACAUCAUCCAAGUGAACGAUGAUGAUACUCCUUGUGACAGCUUGCAAUUUCAGUUGCUUGGUGGGAAGAAAAUGGAAGAGGGUUAUGUGGAAUACGACUUCCAUCCUGGGGUCCCAAUUGAGGAGUUUUCCUGCAGGGACUUAGAAGCUGGUAAAGUGGUCUAUGUCCACCAAAAUGGCCUCACCUCAACCCUGACAGUUCAAGUUAACGAUGGCAUGGUCAUGAGUCCAGUGGCCAGCUUGAGGGUGGUUGCCAUAGAGCCGGAUAUACAAGUACGCAACAACACAGGACUCUUUGCUUCUCAAGGAGAAGCUGUCCCCAUCACCACAGCCAACCUCUCCGUGGAGACCAAUGCAGUCCAGCAAAAAGUGCCCAUCCUGUAUCACCUGACUGUGCCCCUCCAGUACGGUCAGAUCCAAAAGCAAGGGAGCCUCGGUGGGGAAUGGAAGAGAGUUGAAUCUUUCUACCAACAGGACAUUGAGCAAGGGCGCAUCCAAUAUUUCAGCACAGAUGCAGAGCACCACACAGAAGAUGUAAUUGAGAAGCUGCAGUUUGUGGUCCAAGUGGGUCAGAAGACCCUGAGGAACAACACAUUCCUCAUCAGAAUUAAGAGGGCCACCAUUACAAUGAGGACCAUGGUCCCCCUCCAAAUGAAGAAUGAGAAAAAAAGGAACAUCACCACUGCUGAACUGGAGGCAGUCUUAGAAGAGCCAAGCUUCAGCCCAGCCUCUUUCCACUAUGUGAUCAUUCAGCCACCCAAAAAGGGGAAUCUUGAGCUUCAAGGCAUUCGGCUAACAGAAGGCUUUGGUUUCACCCAAGAGGACCUGCAGAACCAUCAGCUGAGCUACAGUGCAACAAUUAGAGAAUCAAAGGAGACUGAAGACUUCUUCCUCUUCCGGGUUACGUCCGAGGCACACUACUCCCCCGUAUACACUUACACAAUACGGAUUGGAGGAGACCCAGAUGCACCCAUCCUGACCAAUGUUCUUUUGUCCGUGGGAGAAGGAGAACAGGCUGUCAUUUCCAAGGACCACUUGUUUGUCAAGAGCAUGAACAGCAUGGAGUAUGUGUAUGACGUGUUCGAAGGGCCAAGUCACGGGAAACUGAUCUUGAGGACUCCUGAGAACUUGCCUGCUGGCAAAGAGGUGAUCAAGUUCACCAAUGAAGAUAUCCUCCAAGGCCAUCUUGUAUACAAGCAUGACGGUUCUGAGGCUCUGGAGGAUGACAUCCCCUUUGUGGCCAUGAGGCAGGAUGAGGGGAGCUCGGACCUGGAGGGUGGGGCCAUGAGAGGUGUCUUCCGAGUCUCCAUUCAGCCCCGUAAUGACCACGCCCCAGUACAGGUAGUGAAUAAAGUCUUUAAUGUCGUACGCAAUGGGCAACGCCUGAUGACCACUGAUGACAUCGCUUUCUUCGAUGAGGACUCAGGAUUCUCAGAUGCACAGAUAGUGUUGGGCAGGAAGGACAUUCUCUUCGGAAGCAUCAUCGCCGUGGAGAACAGAAGCCGCCAGGUGUACCGCUUCACGCAAGAUGACCUGAGGAAGAAGAAGAUCCUCUUUGUCCAUUCGGGAGCUGACCGGGGCUGGAUCCAUUUCCAGGUUUCUGAUGGUCUGUACCAGACUGCAGCCCUUCUGGAAGUGCAGGCUUCGGACCCUUACCUCACAGUCAAUAACUACACGGCCUUAGAGGUCCACCAGGGCAGCCAGGGGACCAUCAACUCCUCUGUCCUCAGCGUGGAGACCAACAUGGACAUCAGGAAUGAGGAAGACAUUCUCUUCCACAUUGUCAGCCCACCUAAAUGGGGCAUGGUGCUGCGAGGGGGACGGGAAGUGUCGUCUUUCACCCAGAAGGACCUGCUGGCAGGAGAGGUUCUUUACCAUCACAAUGGGAGCAGGAACUCCCAGGACACGAUUCAGUUAUCUGUGGAAGCAAAUCACGUCAUUGUGGAGGCCACUCUGAAGGUUGAAAUAUCCCUAGUUUCUCAUCCCAGCCCACUGAACAUCAUUCACCAUGAGAAGAUCCACAUUCUCCAAGGAGAAGCUGUGGAGAUUAAGAAUGACUACUUGUUGAUUGAACAUGAAGACCUCCUUCCGGACGAGAUUACCUAUACAGUCACUGUCCCUCCACUCUCAGGAUUCCUGGUGGCCUUAUUCCACGGUCCCAUCUCAGAUGAACCUCCGAGCUUGGACCCCAUCGAGACCUUCACCCAGGAAGACAUCAACAGAGGCAAAAUCCUCUACCUACACUCCAGCCCUGAAAUACAGAGUGACCAGUUCACGGUGGACAUCACGGCUAACGGGGUGGAGCCCCUGAAGGGGUUUGUGGUGCCCCUGGAGAUCCUGCCUAUUUCCGUCCCGCUGGAGGUUCACAACUUCACCGUGACGGAAGGGAGCACCCAGGCACUCUCCGUGGAUGUCUUGAACAUCCCCAGCACACACUUUACGUAUCUCCAUGUGGAGUUUGACAUUCUUGAGCCCCCACAGCAUGGCAUCUUCCAGAACAUGGAGGGUCCGAAAGAGGACAGCCUGCUUGGCUUCUCUUGGCAUGAGGUGGAGCAGAGGCUCAUCCAGUAUGUGCACGACGGGAGCGAAACUUUGGCCGACAGAUUCACCGUGGUGGCCAACGUCUCCGGGGUCAACCAACAGAGCCAGCCCAAGACCGUCUACAUCAACAUUAUCCCAAGCAAUGACGAGGCUCCAGUGCUGGUGGUCAACGUGGGGCUGCAGGUGCCGGAAGGCGGCACAGCUGAGAUUACAUCUGAGCUCCUCCGAGGUGAAGAUGAAGAUACCCCUCCAGAAGAAGUGGUCUAUUCCAUCCGGACACCGGUCAAUGGGAAGGUGGUGUUGAAGUCGUCGCCCGGCAACGUGGUCCAGAGGGUCACACAGGCCCAGAUCAACAGCCGGCUGGUCGAGUUUGUCCAUGAAGGGUCGCUGAAUGGAGGGUUUUCCUUUGAUUUAUCUGAUGGAGAGAACAUGUCCCCUGGACACUUUUUCACUGUGACUGCCCAGAAGAAAUUGUUCAUCUCUUUGGAAAGCAAGAAGAAUCUGACAGUAUGCCCUGGCUCUUCUCAGCCAAUAACAAGCCAGAACCUGAAAGCAGUGGCCAAUCAUGAGGCAGAAGCCCAGUCUCUACUAUACAUCAUUGAACAGCCACCAGAGUUUGGCAAGUUGGAGAACAGCCAGAAGGACAAUGAUGGAGGGGAGCUCAGGAACUUCACCCAGGCGGAGAUCGACAGCGGGGUGAUCAUCUUUCAGCAUCAAAUGCCACUGGACCCUUUCUGGAUUCUCCAGGAUACUCUUCACUUCCGAAUUUCUUCUCCAUCCAUGAUCACGGACCCAGACAUCCUGGGAGUGCUAAUAUCAUUUGAGACCGGCUGUCCCCAGCGUGCCACUAAGCUGUGGAAAAACAACGGCCUCACAGUUCCAGAAGCUCGAAGUGUUGUGAUUGACACCUCAGUGCUGGAUGCUUCCAACCUCCUCACCAAAGAACCAGAGUCUGAGCGAGCAUCAUAUGAUGUGAUAUUUCUGGUCACAGAACUACCCAGCCAAGGGACCCUCUCUGUCCCGGAUGGACCAGUCAACAGAAAGCAUCCCUACUUCCUGCAGUCUGACCUUGCUGCAGGUGGCUUGGAAUAUUCCCACCAUGGAUCUGGCACCCUGAACGAUCAUUUUAAGUUCAGUGCCUGGGUCCGGCACAGUAGCAUGGAAUCCAUUCAGCCCCCACAGACAGGAGAGGAACCUGUCCUUUCUGGAAUAUUUAAUGUGACCAUAAGUGACAGUAAUGAGAUGCCACCACGACUGGUCAGCCCAGGACACGUUCUACAAGUCCUCCAUGAUUCCCCAGUGAUGCUCACCCAAGAACACUUACAUGUCAUAGAUCCUGACAGCUCCCCUGAAGAAAUCAAAUAUGACAUCCUUUCUAGGUCUUCGGGUGGUUUUGUGGCCAACAUACAUGAUAAGCAGGUACCUGUAAUCCAAUUUACUCAGGCAGACAUCAACGCUGGGCACUUAAUGUUCAUCACCAAUGGAACUACUUCUCCUGGAACCUUAGACUUCACCAUCUCUGAUGGGCACAAUCCAUCCAUCUUCACUUCUCUGGAAAUCAUGAUUCUUCCAGCGACCACAUGGGCAACCAAUCAGAGACCAGUGGAAAUCCCACAGGGCACAAACAUAGUCUCAUUGUCACAGGAUCACCUUCUAGGAGAUUCAGGCCCAGGAGGACCAAAUACUCUCUAUAGACUCAUCAAGGAUCCGCUGUUUGGCCAGGUCAGGGUCAAUGGAGAGCCAGUGAGAGAAUUUUCGCAGAAGCAAGUGGACAAUGGAGAAGUGACUUUUGGCUUCACCGAUUUCGUCUCCUCCAAGGAUGAGUUCCAGUUCCUAGCCACGUCAGGAGGUGUCAAUAUAUCAGGCAUGGUGAAUAUAACAGUCAAGACCUUGGUCAAGACCCAGCAAGGCAUUCUGUGGCCAAGAGGAACUACCGUCUUGCUUGGCACGAACAUCCUUGACGCAAGUGAGUUGGCCAACAGAACAGAGAGCAUUCCCGUUUUCAGAAUCCUCAGAGCACCCCAAGGGAGCCAAUUCGUGAAAGUCUCCAGAGACAACAGGAACCAGCCUAUCUCCAUUGAUGCCUUCACCCAACAUGAACUUGAGCGGGGGUUGGUUGGGUUAGAAAUCUGGGAAGCAGAAGACUCCGAACAGAGCCUCCAUCAUGACAGCUUCCUGUUUGAGCUGGCAGCCGAAGGAGUACCGCCCGCCUUGGAUUCCAUGGAGUACACCACAGAGGCCUUCAAUGCCUCGGUUCCUUAUGGAGCCACAUUCCUCAAAGUGCCCAACCUCCAAGACAGGACCCCAAGCCCCACAUUCCAAAGCACAACCCCUUCUUCCCAAACACUUACAAGCAGGCCACAAGAGUCAGAAGAAGCCAGCCAGAACUCCAGUGAGCCACAUGUGCUUCCAACCGUGUGGCUGGGCCAAGGGUUGACCGCCAAUGUUUCUCCGACGGAAAGGAGCACCCUCCUGAACUUCAUCGAAGCCAACAUGUUCAGCAUCAUCCUGCCCAUCUGCCUCAUCCUUUUGCUCCUGGCCUUGAUCCUUCCCUUGCUGUUCUACCUCCACAAGCGUAACAAGACUGGUAAGCACAAUGUCCAAGGGACACCUCCUAAGUAUAAGAAUGGGACUGUUGUUGACCAGGAAACCUUCCGGAAGACAGAUCCAAAUCAAACCAUUCCGUUGAUGACAGUCAAUUCUCUGGAGGACAAAGGAGCAGGACCCAACUCCAAAGGGGCUGGCCCGGGAGGGCAACAGGACCCAGAACUGCUCCAGUACUGUAGGACAUCCAAUCCAGCCUUAAAAAACAGCCAGUACUGGGUCUAAGGCAGGGGAAUAACAGCAUGACUGUCUCUAGGUAGAGUGCCAUGGUCUUUUCUUAAGGGUCCUCUUACCUCCUCUUCAUUCUCACUGAUCUAUACAAGAUAGUCUCUGGGAUACAAGCAAGUCACUGCAUGGGUCUAAAUCUUCCUGGAUUAUCCAGUCCGAGUUUCCUCAAAGAUCCUGGUUCAUCAGCAGGAAAAUCUCAUGCGAUGAAAGACAUAAAUCCUAUUAGGGCUGUGUGUGUGUGCGUACCAUGAUGGUACAGCAGCACAGAAAAAAGCCUCAGACAGUGGUGCUUCUGCAGCAACCGGGAUUAAAUUAUGCAAAAGAGCAAGCGUUACAGAAUAAAUUAUGCAAACAAGAGGCCCUGUGCAAAUUUGCAUAAUUUAUGCCAAUCACAGAAUGCGGUGCUUCUUAAUGUGGGGUUUGAUUGCUUUUCCCCCCCUUCUCCCACCCAGCGCACACAGCUCUGAACUGCAAACCUGGGUGACUCCGAAAGUUGAUCACAACAUGCAGUUUACUGGGCAAAUCCAGGGAGGCGGGAGGGAUUGUGUUUUUCCAGGGAAAUAUUUGGGAAACUAGGCAAUUAAAUGUCAGGUUAUGUUGGCAAGAGUUAUAAAGGGCACUCUGGUAGUUGUUGUAACAAGCAAAGUUGAGCUGUUAUAGAAGAUGUUGGGUCAUUCUGAAUCAUUCAUUCCAGCCCACCGCAGGAGUUCCCCACAUGUCAAGAUUUCCGCAAGUGUUUUCCAAAGUCUGGAGAACUGAGAGCAACUUGCACUGAUUUCCAUGGGGAGAUGAAACCAGUUCCCCUCAGCCAGUGAGACCCAAGACGGCACCGUCUGGUGCCUUGGGGAGGAAAAAUUCCCCUGCUAGGGACAACUGAAGCGGUCACUACUAUUGGGGUAGGGAAGAGAGAAAUUAUGAGUAUUUUAUUUCUCUCUCUAGAUAUCCUUCAGGUACUUCAUAAGAAGUGCACUAAUACUUUAUUGCUUUGCACAACAGAUAGAAUGAAUUGAAUAAGUGACAAUAUUAGGGCAUUUGUGGGGGGCAGCCCCACACAGCAAAUGCCCGGCUCCAUGCUAGCGGACAGAAUGCAUUGGGUUAAAAAAAGGAAACAAGGUGUUCCAACACAAAGGACCAUUUUUCUCCCCAAGAGGUACAACAUCAAGAUCUCUCCUGUGCAAGAUUGUCUUGCAGACUUGUGAGAUAAAGCACAUCGCUACUAGCAAAGACAGCAGCCAGCCUAUGACUCAACAGGGCAGUGCACGCGAUCCUCAGCUGGAUUGGACGAGCACGCCCUACCCAGAUUCCAUCCCCAGCUUCAGAAUAAGGGAGGAAGAUAAAGGCCAUUGUGGCUGAGGAUGAUGGGAGUUGUAGUCCAACAACAACUGCGGGUCCAAAACUGAGAAUCUCUGUCGUGCAAGAUUCUGUCUUUCAAAUUCAGUCAUCAGUGCUGGACAACCUGCUCUUUCUGCCCUUCACCAUCUAGGCCAAUAGGUUUUGUUCCUCCCUUAAUGCAACUGGUGCCAUUCAUUUCUUCUUUCCUGCCGCCCAGAAGGUACUUCAGAACCUACGAUUUUGUGCAUUUGCUUUCUAAAUGCCUAGGGGCUGCCGGUUACAUUGAAUGAGUCAUGCUACUGGUACGGAGUAGAACAGGGAUUCCCAAACUGUGCUACUCCAGAUGCUGCUCCCAUUGCCCCCAGCUGUAGUUUAUUAUGGCUAGGGAUGAUGGGAGUUGUAGUCAGCAACAACUGGAAUACCACAGGUUGGGAACCUUUGGAGUAGAACACAAAUCCCUAUGAAUGCAUGGAUAAUAGAAGCUUGGGAGACAAGGGAAAGGAACAGUACAAGUUAGGGGUGUGUACGGAACUGCUCUGGGCAGUUCGGUUCGAGUCUGAACCGGAUUCAAACUGAGCCACCUGAACUGCAUACCAGUUCUGCCAAACUGGCUGGCAGUUGGGUUCAUGUCUAGAACUGGGCCCCCACCAGCCCAGCUGAUGGGGGGAACACAAGUGGGGUCUAGGGGGACCGCCGUUGGCCCGCCACUGGCCCCGAGGAGCCACACCACCAUGGGAAAGAUCACCUCUCAUCUCCCCCCCCCGGCCUUUUUAACCCCUGUAGGAUUCCCCCACUCUGCUUGUAAAGGGGAAUCCUUACCAGAUUCCUUACCAGAUUCCCUUUUACAAGCACUAGAACCAGUAGAACCAGUUCUGAACCGGUUCAUUAGAACUGGGGCUGGUUCUGCUCAAGCUUGGACCAGCUCCCCCUUUUUGAAGGGCUGGUCCAGUUCGAGCUCGCUCAGUCGAACCAGGCUGGUUUGACUUGAACCGGUUUGCACAGCCCUAGUACAAAUAGCCUCAACAGGAUAGCCAGGUUGCCAAAAGUGACCAUUUCUCCAGCUUUUCUUCUCCGGCAGUUGAACGGCAAAGGCCUGUCUUGGGCCUUCUGGGGCUCAUGCUGGGCCCACCCCUUUUACUGCUGGGCUUCAUCCUGGUACCAGAUUUUCCCCCAUUUUUGAAGGGUCGACAGACUUAUGAAAUCACUAGCCCCCACCUCAGCAAUCUCAGGUCUCAACCCAGCAACACCCUCCACCAUGUUGAAAGCUAUGCCUGAGCGCUGGGCAUUUUCAUUUCCAAAACAUCUGUUAAAGGCUACUUUGCUGUGAUGGGGUAAUUUAUAACAAGGUGACAAACUUGUAAAGACUGUCAAAAUAAAACAGGUUGUUUUUAAA